CUCCCAAUAAACAGGAGGAUCUUUUUCUUUUCACCUCAUUUAGGCCGUUUGUAUUUUUCUAUAUACUUUGAGAGACGAUGGUCAUCCUCGCAGCGUCGAUAUGUACUCGAGGGGGCAAAGCGGUACUCUCGCGCCAGUUCCGUGAAAUCGCCCGCUCUCGGAUAGAAUCGCUAUUGGCAUCAUUCCCGAAGUUAGCAGAUUCCGGCACGCAGCACACCAUCGUCGAACAAGAUAAUGUCCGAUUCGUCUACCAGCCAUUGGACGAAUUAUACAUUGUCCUCAUCACAAACAAGCAGUCCAACAUCCUCCAAGAUAUAGACAGCUUGCAUAUUUUCGCCCAGGUCGUCACAAGUAUUUGCAAAAGUCUCGAUGAACGGGAGAUAUUGCGGAAUGCAUUCGAGCUCCUUAGCGCCUUCGAUGAGCUUGUCACUUUGGGCUACCGGGAAAACCUCUCUUUGUCACAGAUAAAGACGUUCCUUGAGAUGGAAAGUCACGAAGAGAGAGUGCAGGAGAUAAUUGAAAGGAACAAGGAACUUGAAGCGAGCGAAGCGCGAAAGCGCAAGGCAAAACAAUUGGAGAUGCAGCGCAAAGAAGCCGCCCGCAGCGGUCGUGGCGUGGCCCCACGAGCCCCAUCUUAUCCAGUCUAUACUCAGCCGACUCGGCCAACACCUUCUGAGACCCUCGACUCAUAUGAGGCGGAGAAAAAGAAGACUUUUGCUAAUUCGAAGCGACCUCGGCCCCUGACGCUGAAAGACAGACCACUGGUUUCCCCGGCCCCUGCACAGGCUUUUUCAGAAAAUGUGGCUCAACCGCGCAGCUCAUUAUCUGUCGACCGCGAGCCUAUCCAUGUUACUGUGGCUGAAACCAUUUCCGCCAAGCUUUCCCGCGAUGGCUCAGUGAAGUCAUGGGAGAUAAAAGGCGAUCUUCAACUGCGUAUCACGGACGAUACAUUUACAAAAGUGAAGCUUGGAUUAACAGCCAAUCCUACUCAUGGGGCUGUUUUCCGUACCCAUCCUAAUGUCGACAAAGCGCUAUUUACAAACUCCAAAGUCAUUCAACUCCGUGACCCUUCAAAGAGUUUCCCUCACAAUAUUUCAAUUGGAGUCCUUCGGUGGCGCGUCACUGGCACAGACAACACAGACGUUCUUCCAAUUACGUUUACCGUUUGGGUAAACAGAGGCACUCAAUCAAGCACUGUUACCAUUGAGUACGAGCUCAAUGGUUCGGACCCACUACGAGACGUUGUUGUAACAAUCCCUUUCGGUGCUGUCGAGCCUACCGUGACGAAUUAUGACGCUGUUUAUGAAGUGACUGGAGACAGCCUGGACUGGAACAUUGGUACUGUCAACGAAUCGAAUGUCUCUGGCAGUUUCGAGUUUGAGUCUGAGGACCCCAACAGUGACGAGAAUGAGUUUUUCCCGAUGACCGUCAAGUUCCAAAAAGAAAGCCCCUUUGUGGAUGUUGAUGUGCAGUCAGUAUCGCUUAUGGAAAUGGAUGGGCAGGCUGUGAAUUUCUCGAAGGACUUCAAGACAGUUGCGGAUGGAUAUGCGGUUGAAUAAUUAAUUUUGUUUGCGGUUGUAAUUUUCUUUCAAAAUUUUAGAAUAUUUAUUUCUGCUUCUCUUGUUUUCCUUUCCCUCCAGCUAUGCAACGCUAUUCAAUUCCAUAUGACAAAAAAACGUUUCAACCACCUUGCCGGCUGCGAAUACAACUUUCCUCCUUAUUCUUUAUCUUAUUUUUCAUUCCACGAUAGGAACUGGGGAUGAUUAAUUUCACAAAAGGGUAUAUAGAAAGGAAGUUUUAGGACGAAAGCGAAAGCAAUUCGCGGUGCAAA